AUGCAUGAACAAGCCAAAGAAAAACAAGAAGGUUGUCAUCGUGUAGCAGUUGAAAUUGUUGCCGGAAUGAUUCGUGGCUCAAAAUAUUGGACAUUAGAAAUGGAAGAUUUAGAUCCUCGCCGAAUGCAUCGUCUUAUUGAAUUUAUUCGUACAUUAAUAAAUGACGAAACUACAGUGAAUACAUUUCUUGAAACAUCAUGUUGGUUUUUAGUUUUAAAAUUAACUAACUUCGAAUGGCGUGUACCAGCUAUAUGGUGUGCCACUAAUCAACAUACGAAAGAAAUGCUUGAUCAUCCAUUCAAAGCUGUUCGAGAACAUAUUGCUAAUGUUUUAUCAGUAUCACUUAGUUUCGAUGUGAAAUUAUCUAAUGGUCACUCGUCAAGUCAUCGUGAUGCAAAUCGUUUUAUUGAUACUAUUCUAGAACGGUUACAUCACGCAAUUGAAACUUAUGAAAAAAAUUCAUUCGAUAAAUCUACAACAUAG